AUGAACUACAUCUCUGCAACUUUCUGUGUGGCUUUAAGCAACACGGUACCAGCCAUUACCUUCAUCAUGGCUGUUCUUUUAAGGAUGGAGAGAAUUUCCAUGAAGAAAUGGCCAGGAAUAGCAAAGCUGGUGGGUUCGGCUGUCAGUAUUUUGGGAGCUACGUUCUUUAUUCUAGUAAAAGGACCUCCUAUGUACCAUACUAGCCAUAAGGAAAGUUCAGUCUCAUUUACUGAGAGCAGCUCCAAGGGGGACUGGCUCAAAGGCUCACUUAUUGCCACUUCAUCCAACGUAUCUUGGGCCGCAUGGAUCAUUAUGCAGGAGCCUAUAUUGAAGGAAUAUCCGGCAAAAAUGAGACUCACGGCCCUGCAAACCUUCUUCAGUUGCAUCCAGGCAGCACUUUGGGCAGUCGCUGGUGUGUUGUACGCUGGAUUAACAUAUUGGUUGAGGAUUUGGGUCAUAGGCAAAAAGGGCCCUGUUUUUCUGGCCAUGUUCACCCCAUUAGGGCUCGUCUUUACGGCCUUCUUUUCUGCAAUCUUGUGGAAGGAAUCCCUUCACUGGGGAAGCGCUUCUGGUGCUGUGGUGUUGGUGGGUGGCCUCUACGGCUACCUGUGGGGGAAAAAUGAAGAAGAUAAAGCCGAAAAUCUUGAGCAACAAAAGCCGGCUGCUCCCCAGGAAACUGCAUGA